ACAUUUUCUGCACUAUGUUUGUUGUUAGAGAAUCUGUCACCAAAAGGUGCUGACUUGAACAGUCACUAUGGUCGUUCACAAUGGUUAAGAAGGGUACAUCGUUACAGACCUGUUGUAGAAAAGGUGAUCAGUUUACAAACUGAGGAUAAAGGGCAGUAUGGAGCUCACAGUGUACAGUCAGUACGAAGGGCAAGAGGACUAUGGAGUAGAGUGAUGGUUGUAAAGUUAUUUCUGGAACAUGUCUGUGCAUCUGAGAAGGAAGACAGGAUUACUAUCAAAUACUGUAUGCCACUAUGGAAGCUUCUAGGAGAGGAUACAGAUUUAAAGGAAGUGAAAUCGCUUGAAGGUGUUGAAAAGUUCUUGAAAAGUUGUAAUAAACAGGCCAUGAAAGAAUACAUGGGGGAAGAAGUAAAAUGUUGUCUCUGUGAGUCUGUACUUGAAGGUCCGCCUUUUGUACUACCAUGUAAAGAUGUAUUAUGUGACCAGUGUUUUGAUGGAAUGAAGGCAUUGGGUGAAAACAUUUGUGGGAAAUGUCACAGGGAAUUUACAGGGAACUGGGAACCAAAACGUCAAAUUGCACAAAAGAAUGCAAUAGAUAAACUGAAGGACUACCAAAAGAGGUGUAACACCUUCUUCAUGGAUGUUGUGUCACAGUUAUGCUUUGCUUGCAACACUGCCCCCUCACAUGAUGUUGUAAUCAAGUUGCUUGGUUACAUAUUUUUCAUAACAAGGUUCAAACAGCAGCGCACGAGAAAUCUGUCAAUAUUUGACACUGGAAUAGAUCCCAACCCAGUGUUUAGAUCAUUUCUGUUACAACUUCUUAUGAGGACAAGCGAGGAAAAUGUUACUGAAAACUUGGAGGGAUAUUUAAGAGAGGCGGCAGCAUUCAUUCGACAGGAUUCACCGGACCAGGAGCAGCAUUAUGUUGAACUUUGCCUGCUUGUCAUACAGUGCCUAGAGGUAAGAUUUAUGUUUAGCUUUCAUUUUAUACCUAGACUUUAUACGAAAAGUUGAAUUUUAAGGCAUUGGC